AUGGCGAUGGACGUCGGAAAGACAUUUGUGGAGACGUGUCAUUAUCUCCAGGACCCGCGCCUGGUGGCGAGCUUCCAGCGCCUUUGCGGGGUCCGGGGGACGUUUCCGGAGAACGCGAGUGAGCCCCGGAACCGCAGCGACGACAACGACCGCCCCGAGCUCCGAAAGAGGAGCCCCGGGGACGAUGUUGGCAACGGGGCGGCGUCGGCGGUGCACGCCAACGGGAAGCCGAGCGAGCCCGAGGACGAAGACACUUCCGCCCGGGCCAAGCCCCUCCGCAGGAACUCGCUGACCGGCGACGUGGGCCAGGAGUUCCUGAUCCACAACAAGUUGCUCUUCUAUCUGUUCACCUUCGGCACGGAGCUGGGCAACGAGAUGUUCUUCAUCGUCUUCUUCCCGUUCCUCUUCUGGAACGUGGACGCCCUGGUCAGCCGCCGGCUCAUGGUGGUGUGGGCCUGGAACUUGAUGGUGGGCCAGUCCACUAAGGACAUGGUGCGCUGGUCCCGGCCGGCCUCACCUCCCGUGGUCAAGGUGGAGGUCUUCUACAACUCCGAGUACAGCAUGCCAUCAACACACGCCAUGACGGGCACCGCCAUCCCCUUCUGCCUCUUCAUGCUCACCUAUGAACGUUGGCAGUACCCGUUCCUGCUUGGGUUGUCCGUGGCGCUGUGCUGGAGCCUGCUGGUGUGUGUGAGCAGAGUCUACAUGGGCAUGCAUUCGGUUCUGGAAGUGAUCACCGGCUUCCUGUACAGCCUGCUGGUCCUGGUCUUCUUCCAGCAAACGCUGGACACGAUCGACCACUUCUACAUGACGCACGCCUACGCGCCGCUGCUCAUCGUGGUGUCGCACGUGAGCCUGGGCCUGCUGGCCUUCUCGCUGGACUCCUGGAGCACCUCGCGCGGCGACACGGCCCAGGCGCUGGGAACCGGGGCCGGCGCCGCUCUGGCCACCCACGCCAACUACCAGCUGGGCCUGAUGGCCGACCCGCCGGCUUCGGCGCUGCCGCUGGCCCUGCCCCCGCUGGGCGCCGGCUUGGCGGCCCGCGCCCUGCUGCGCUUGGCCCUCGGGGUGGCCGUCAUCCUGGUCACCCGGAUGCUCAUGAAGGCGGCCGCCAUCCCGCUCCUCUGCCGGCUGGCCGGGCUCCCCGCCGGCGACGUGAGGCGCGCCCGGCAGCGCAUGGCGGUGGAGCUGCCGUACCGCUACAUCGUCUACAGCGUGGUGGGCUUCACCUGCUUCUGCGUGGUGCCGCUGCUCUUCAAGCUCGUGGGCCUGGCCUAAGAAGCGGCCGCCGGUCCACAGGGUUGAAUGGCCGUACUGCUGCAACGCCAGGGAGAAAAAAAAGUCGGUAUCGUGAGAAUGGUUUUGUUGUUCUGUUCCAUUUGGAUCUGCUUUGAUUCUAAGCGCUGACUCGCAGACUCUUCAUGAUGUUAAAAUACAAACCUCAUGGCCUUGAAAUUGAUGACACUGUGAUGUCUUCUUCUGGUGUGGCAGCAAUUCGCUUCUGCCUCCAAAUGUGGUGAUGUUUUACAUUCCUGGAAAGCAUUUUAGUUUCAUCCCGAUAUGAAUCCCCAAAGCCCCACCCACGUGCCUGGGCUUUUGGGAGGCUUUUCUCGGCAAGACUUAAAUAACGCCCGUGAAAAUGUCCCCGCCGAUUGAGACACUCCAGCGGACGUUCCAAAGGGAAGAGAAAACAAAAAUGUGUUUUUCGGCUGUUGCGCAGGUUUUUAUCGCUGCCGCAAACAAAAGCGCUCCGUUGGUCCCGCACCAAAGUGUGUCACCGGGCUGCGUUUGCGCCCAAACAAAUCAGGAAAUGUAAAAUGAUGAAAAGCAGCACAAAACACUUGUCAGUUUUUGCACAUGUUUUCAAGCAUGUCGGUGGAAUCGAAUAUUUGGCAACUUUGAAUCUUCGCACAGGGUCUUCAAAUCACGUCAACGAUGCUGCUGCUGCUGUAAAUACACUACUGGAAAUACUUUUUUAAAAAAAUGCAGCGUUAGAAAUGGCUUAAAAAUAAAAAGUUUAGGCUCACAAACGCUCGACAGCACACUGGAGAGGAACGAUUUGGUGUCUUGAAAACAUACAAAUAGCCGCUGGCAACUCCCCAUGCCAUCACAUGAUGACUUUGUUUCAUUUCAUCUUUGAUUGUGCUACUGUGUUAUUUUUGUUUGUUUUUUGGGAUCACCAUCAUUUUGAUCCAGAGAAUAAACCAAAUGAUGAAUCAUGUUUGGAGAAACGCAUUUCAAAUAUUUGAACUAUUUGAUUGUUUAAUGGUCUGCAUAAUCGUUGAUGAUGUCACCACUAUUAUUAUUCCUACUUUUUGUAUCUCGGGCGUGAAUAAUGUUUUAUGUAAACUUGAGUGCUUUAAGACGGCACAUUAAAAAAAUGAAUUACAAUAUAAAAGACAGUAUUUUUGAUGUAAUGUACUCUCUUGAAUAAGACUGUGUUAAAAAAAAUAUUACCAGGAUGUUCUUGCACUAAAGUGUAUUAAAAUCUAGACCUCCUUA